AUGACGGCAGGAAGUGACAACAUUCACCGACGGGGGACUCCUUUGAAGAAAGCUCGAACGAACUCUGGUAGACUAGUGUCCUCUGAUUUGGAAAACACUUCCAUCAUCAUGUCCAGACUCCAUGGCUCCAAUGCUGCCCCUACAGCAAGUAGUGGUGACAAACCACGGCGAGUGUACUAUUCGGUCGGUCUGUUGUGUGCCUCCUUUACCUUUUGCCUUGUGAUGGGCAUGGAACAAUUGAGAGGUAUCCUUGGUCGAUUGAACAGUGGCAAUUCACUGGGGAGAACUGCCUCUUAUUUUGCUUCUCAUUCUACUACAACUGAUAGUAGUUACCACCCUGGUUGUCAAUCCUGGCCGGGCAUCAUGUCGCCUUUGCAAGUGGAACAAGAACUCUUGACACCACAAGAUGACGAAGAAGAAGAAAAGGCACCACCCAGUGGACUGGUCAUAUCCAUGCUGCUAGGAGAUCACAUGUUGCCUUACAUUUGCCAUUUCUUUCCAUCCCAAUUGGCUCAUUUGAUUGUACCACAAGGCUUGGAUGUCCUAUUGGUGAUUCCCAAACCCAAAAAAAACACGACAACCACCAUUACCAUGAGAGCCUUGCAAAAAUGUCUCAAUUUGGUUCCUCUACCCACUGACGAUGACGAUACGGACGACGGCUAUGUCUAUCAAGAUUGGCAAAAUCUCGAUGGAUCCACCAUGACCACAUGGGAACAUCGAGCGCCGUCUUUUUCCUUUACCACGCGUAUCUUUUUAGCGGAAACGGACCUCCAACUACCACCCUACGUACAAGCCAAUCGAUCCGCCUAUUUGGAUGACACCAGUGACACCCCCAUUGCCAUUUCCCCCAAAAGUUGUCAAGCACCCUUAACGUAUGUACAAGGGACGCGAUGGUACAUUUACGAAAUGCUUCAUUUGCAAAUACUGCAACAGUACGACUACUUUUUCAAAGUCGAUUCCGACGUGGUAUUUACCAAAACAAUACCGAUCCAACUCACCCAUGACAUGACGGUACGAGGAGCCGUCUUUGCUCAUUUUGCAAAGUAUCCCGAUCGCGUCCAAACGCCCUGUGCGGAUACCGUGGCUGCGGCGGUGCGGGCGUUUAGCCGGCAAUCGGCGCAUCUUCUUGUUGAUGGAUCCAACAAUAACAACAACUCUACCAAGACGUGGAAUGGCCACUACUGCAGUGGCGACCAACAUCCCUUACUGACGGUGGAUUCAGAUCGCUACUACAGCAAUUUCAUUAUCGGUCGAACAGACUACUUUACAUCCCCGGGGCCACUACAGUUGGGCAAAUUUCUAUCUCACGAAUGGACCCAAGGAUUCUUUCGCCAUCGAUGGGGCGAUCAAGCCUAUUGGCAUUUUGCCCUGGGACUCUUUCUCCACAAUUUCGAAGAUGCCGUAGUCGAUUACACCGAAUUCCGAUGCGCGCCCGAACCCAAUUGUUGGAUGUCGAGUCAAGAUGGAAAACGCAUCCCCGAUGCCGCCAAUUUGUGUCGCAACCCUUCCGGAAGCUUUUUGCAUACCAAGGCAUGGCAACGAUUUGCCAAUCGAUGGAACCGAUGGAGUGCCCUAGAUCAUUUGUCACCGCGAGAUGUCAAACCCUACCGGACCACAUACAAACAUGAUUGUCGCAAUUCCACGCGGUGGAAGAGGGAUUAG